AUGAUAGGCAUAUCCACCUGGGACUACGUUUUCAUUCGAACAUGCAUAUUCCUCCUGCGCCUCAUUGCACCCCUUAGCGUUAUCUAUUCGCUCGUCAGCUGCUUAAUCCAUUUCCCGUUCCAUAUCCCCCAUGUGCUAGAGGUAUGGCUCAAUCUCGAGACAGUAUUCUACCUUCUCAUCUAUCUCCCGCGCAAAAAUUACCUCCAGACAGUCGUGACACAUCCCGCCGCCGGCCGUGACGAUCGCCGGAGGUUGUUCCAGCGCUGCCACAGUAAUAUCCCGGAUCCGGACCGGUAUUUAACGAAAUGGUUCCGUGAUGCGCCGGUAGCAGAGAUUAAACGGGAGAACGUCAAGGAUUUCUUCCGGUGGGCGUUCCUAAACUCCGGCGAGCCUGAUCCGGCAUAUGACGAGGAGCUGGGGGAGUAUAUUGGAGAGAUGGAGAAGUUGUUGGGGAGGAAGCUGGAACCUGGCCGCGGUGAUGCGCAGUGUCUUAGAUUAACGCUUGACAAGGUCGAGAUGUCGCAUCGGAGUUUGUUAUGGUAUCUGUGUGUGUUUGUUGUCGAUACGUUAGCAUCUAUCUAUUUGCGCUACUACUCCUUCGACUUCCACCGCACGUCCUUGUUCCAGUUUCUCGCCGUCUUCCCCACGCGCCUCCUUACUCUCUUCACCACCUAUCGUUCCCCUGCGAGAACUCUCACUUACUGGUACCGGCCGCAUACUUCCAGGACCAGGCUCCCCAUUUUAUUUAUACACGGUAUUGGUGUUGGCCUUUACAUGUACAUACCAUUCCUGGCCGACCUUAAUGCCGAAGAUAGCAAGGACCCAUCGGAUGGGCAGGUGGGAAUCAUUGCUAUAGAAAUAAUGCCAAUAAGCUCUCGGAUAACGUCUGAGGCAAUGUUAAAGGACGAGAUGUGCGAGGAGGUUCAUUGCAUUAUAACGGCACAUGGGUGGGAAAGAUUUAUGCUAAUCUGUCGGAAGCCGACUCACGUUAGUGAACACCUGCUCUCCUACUUCGGCGCCAAAGACAUGGGCGUCGCGCAUACGUUAUUCCGACGUUUCAUAUGGUCUGAUAAUGCCUUGUGGAAGGAAGACAUCCAGCACCAUCGCGUGGCCGUUGUGCUAGCCGGCAGAGACGCAAUCGUGGACACGAAUGCAGUUGCAGCGUAUCUGACGGGCACAGAUGACUGGUCUCUGGAGACUAAAAGCUGGGAAAAUGGAGUAUGGAAAGGUGACGGGCUGGAUGUGUUGUGGUUUCAAGAUUUAGAUCACGGGGGGGUCUUUGGCCGGAGGAGGACGAGAACGAGGUUGGUGGAUAUUGUUAAGAGAUUCGCUGCGCAGGAAUAG